AUGUCUGCGAGAGCACUAUUGCACCCAGUGCAAGAGCUGCGUCACAUGUUGGCCACGUCUCUGAAUCUCUCUCCUGCUGACAUUUACUACCACGCCAUCGAAUUCGCCUUUCUCUCGCUCGUUAUCUACUUGGCUCUCACACGGGCAUAUGAGCCAUGGAAUCGAGCAGCUCCGGCCCAGUUGACGGAUGCUCAAGUCGCCGAAAAGCUCGCGGCUUGGAAGCCAGCACCGCUCGCCGCGCCUUUAUCUCAACAAGAAAAAGAUGCUCUCCCUCUCGAUUUGACUACAUAUCACGAUGCAUUCGGAAAUUUCCGAGUUAACGGCAAGGAUAACGUAACAGAUAUGGCGACUUGCAAUUUUCUUGGGUUGUUGAAGGAUCCCACAGUGGAGGAAAAAUGUCUUGCAACUAUGAAAGAAUAUGGGUGCGGGGCUUGUGGCCCGCGAGGGUUCUAUGGUACUACAGACAUACAUCUGGAGUGUGAGGAGAAAAUAGCGGCGUUUUCGGGAACAGAGACGGCCAUCUUAUAUUCCUUCGGGUCGGCCACGGGCAAUUCAACUAUCCCCGCGUUCUGCAAGCGUGGCGACCUGGUUGUCUGUGACGAUUCUUUGAACUACUCGUUGCAGCUAGGCGUGAAGCUCAGUCGCGCGGAGGCGAUUCGUUUCAAGCACAAUGAUAUGGCUGAUCUGGAACGUAUUUUGAAAGAAGUCACGGACGGUGACGUCGCGGACCCAGGGCGGAGGAAGAUUCAGCGUCGCAUCAUCAUUGUCGAAGGCAUCUAUCAGAACGUCGGGGACCUAUGUCCACUAGACGAAGUCGUCGCUCUCAAGGAGAAGUAUCUUUUCCGCGUGAUGCUGGACGAGUCCUUCUCGCUGGGUGUGCUGGGCAAAACAGGACGCGGUGCCCUCGAGCACUUUGGCAUCAAACGCGAGCUCGUUGAUAUUGCCACGGCAGAUCUAGGAAAUGCAAUCGCAUCGGUAGGGGGUUUUUGUGUGGGAAGCGAGGAUGUAGUCAAACAUCAGCGCCUUUCCGGGGCAGGAUAUUGUUUCUCCGCUUCGCAACCUCCCUUUCUUGCCAUGGCCGCAUCCGUCGCUCUGGAUAUUGUUUCAGAACGAGGCGAGACGUUUGUGUCGCGAUUGCGCGAUAACGUAGAUACAUUCCGGAAACAGCUUAACAUUCACUCGCUCAAGCAAGCUGGCUGGUACGUGGACGGCCAUCAAUUGUCCCCCCUCUUGCACAUUCGGGCUUAUGACGAUACGUUGCCGCUAGCUACCUUCACAACACUGCAAAAGAAGUGUCUGGAUAACGACGUUUUGAUCGCUAGACCAGUUUACGCACAGUCUGAGGUCAACCCGCCAAAGCCGUGCGUGCGAGUGACAGUUUCCGUGGUUCACUCAGAGCGAGAGUUGCAAAAAGCGGCAACGGUCAUUCGGCAGGUCUUGUUGUCCAGUAGAUCGUAGAUGUCCUUGCCAACACUAAAUUCACGCACGUCAACUUUGUGAGAAGGUCUGAGCGCUAAUA